UAGACGCAAGACCAAAUGUUUUACGUUCGUUGCGAUUUUACGCUUCGAUUACUAAUUAUUAUUUUUAUUACAUUAUUAAAAUAAUUAUUAAUAUAAUUACGAUUUGUUAUCAGUGAACCGAUUUAUAAUUAUACGUUUUGUGAAAAAAUAGCCAUAUCAUUUUAACUAGCAGGUAGACAGACACAAAUCUCYGUUUUCUGAGUCCAGUUUUCUUUAUGUCUUAUACGUUUGUUUGUUGUAGUGAUUUCGUCAUCAUCGAAUAGAACUAUGAAGCCRGCGAGUUCCUGGUUAACAUUAUAUUUAUGUUUCUUAUUGGGUACGACAGGAACGGGCGUAUUGUGUAAUCCAUUAAUUGAAAAACGACAAACCGUAUCAUGUUCAGUGAACUUGUUCAGAUGUGCAAACAAUGAGUGCAUUGAUCAGUCAUCAAUUUGUGAUGGAAUCGMCGAUUGUUCAGAUAAGUCAGAUGAGACCCAAAGUUUAUGUGCUCCAUUGCUUAAAACAUGUCCGAGAUCUGCGUUUCGUUGUAAUUAUGGUGCAUGUAUAAGUAAAAAUGCAAAAUGCAAUGGUAAAAACGACUGUGUCGAUGGGUCGGAUGAACAAUUACCUGAAUGUAAAAAACAAGGCCUAAGUAUUCCUUCAAGCUCUYCAAAACCACAACAAACUCAAGUAACCAGUAAAGUUAAAUGCAUAGCUCGAGAAGAGUACCGCUGCAGUUCAACUGGUCAAUGCAUCGAUGUAACAACUAUUUGUGAUGGAACUCCAGAUUGCAAUGAUGGAUCUGACGAAACAUCGGAAUUGUGUAAAUCAAUGGUGUGUCCAAUGAGUACGUUUAAGUGCAACUAUGGUGCCUGUAUAAGUAAACAAAGAAAAUGCGAUGGUUCACAGCAUUGUGCUGACGGUUCUGAUGAAGCAGGCUGUAGUUCCAACGGAAACCGCAAACCUUUGACAUCAGUCAAUCCAACUUCACACAUUACGCAGAGACCAACCACUAACUCAGCACCGCAGUAUCAGACUAGCAGACCAACAACGCAGAGACCAACAACCCAGACAAAUAAUAUUAAGUCAUGCAUGGUUCCAUAUAUCGAGGGUACUGUGUAUUCUUUAUUCCAAACUGAAUCAGAACAAAAUCCUUCUUUGUCACCUGGGUCAUUUGUUGAUCCGAAUAUAGCAGUUGAAGAGAGCUGCGAAGAAGGAUAUUAUAAAACUAGCUCUAACAGAAUUAUAAUUUGUUCGGGAAACGGAAAAUGGAAACCAAAGGUUGAUAAAUUAUGUUUGAAAAGAUGUCCAUCAGUGUUUUCGGAUAGUUUAGAUAUYGAAUGUACUUUUAAUGGUAAAAAAGAUGAUUGUUCAAACCCAUCAAUACCGGGCACUGUAUUAACACCAAAAUGUAAAGUCACACACACUGUACCAAAUGGACAAAUAGAAACUCCAAUCAAAUUACGUUGUCAACAAGACGGAAAAUGGAGUGACAGACUUUAUACGUGUAUUCCAUAUUGUGGUCGACAAUAUACUCCAAACCAAGUAUUGAUUCUAGAUGGCGUUGAAGCUAAAUAUGGAUCAGCGCCUUGGAAUGUUGGAAUAUACCGAAAGUCGAACAAAAAUAAUUUUAGCUUGAUAUGUGGAGGAUCACUGAUUGCGACAAAUUUAGUUGUAUCUGCUGCUCAUUGUUUUUGGCAAGAAAGGUUGGCUAAUAGAAUAUUAUUAAACGAUGGUACGUAUAAAGUUGGCGUUGGAAAGUAUAGUAGUGACAUUACAAUUACGGACAAUGAAUUUACCCAGAUUAUCGAUGUGGGAUUAAUUUACUUAAGAGAAGGUUAUUAUGGUUCUUCCGGAUAUCAUGCUGAAGAUCUAGCCAUUAUUGUGCUAUCAACCAAAGUUAAAAUUAGCAAUGUUGUUUUGCCUGUUUGUGUGGACUGGUCUAAAAAAUAUUCAAUUUUAAACGGAUCUAUUGGAAAAGUCGUCGGUUGGGGGAAAACAGAAAAAAUGGUAGAAAGUUCUGUUUUAUUAGAAGCUAAUAUACCGUAUAUCGACCAUCAGACUUGUCGKAAUAUGUACCAAAACGGAUUUCAAAACUUCGUUUCUGUUGAUAAAUUCUGUGCCGGUACUAAAAGUGGACAAGGCGUUCAUCAAGGUGAUAGUGGUGCUGGACUUACCUUUGAACAUAGCUCUUUACAUUUUUUAACUGGAGUCGUGAGUGUAAAGGAUGCUGCUACAAAUGAUUCAAUCGCAGUUUUUACAGAUGUUAGUCGCCACGUUUCAUGGAUUCAUGAAAUUUAUACUAAUUAUACUUAUGCAAGUGAUAGCUUUUCUAAGUCUCAAGUUAGUAUUGUUAUCUUAUUAAAUUUAAAAUAUAUACUUUCGUCAUCGGUAGAUGACCAUGAAAUCUUUGUUCUCCUGGCUAUCGUGUUUUUGUUUCAUUUUCGUGUAACGGAAUAUGGGUGUGGAUCUGGCCAGUGCGUUGAUGUCUCAGUCACUUGUAAUGGGAUACGAGAUUGCAGUGAUGGAUCGGACGAAACUUUACUUUUAUGUGAAAUGGUCCUGUGUCCACAGUUUACAUUUAAGUGCAAAUAUGGCGCUUGUAUCAGUGGCAAGAAUUUUUGUGACGGCAUCGAACAAUGUGCUGAUGGUUCAGAUGAAGAAAAAUGUUCCAAUUCAACGUUAAUAUCAACAUUUACAAGUUUAAUACCAAAAAAAACUGACACAGCAAAACCAAUAACACCAUCUCGUAUUAAGAAAACUUGCACGUUACCGGCAAUCGAGGGCACAAAAUAUUUUUAUAAAGAUUGGAAUGAAAAUGUUUCUCUGUCUCAUUCCACUGAAAUUGAACAAUAUCGCAUUGUUGAGGAGGACUGUGAAGUUGGGUAUUAUAAAGUUGUUCCUUAUAGAUUUAUGGUGUGUUCUGAAUCCGGUCAAUGGAGACCAUUCGUAACGGAAGAAUUAUGUUUGAAAAUGUGUCCACCUAUGAAAUCAGAUAGCUUAGAUUUUGAAUGUACCCAUGAAGAUAAAUAUAUUAGUUGCUUAACUCCAAUACCUGGAACUAUAUUGUAUCAACAAUGUAAAGUCACUCAUAGAUUACCUAGCGGAAAAGAUCAAGUCCAAAUUCAAUUAAUUUGUCUGGAAAAUUCAACAUGGAGUGAUGACGGUCUAUAUACGUGUAUUCCAACUUGUGGUUUACUAAAUACUAAAAGUGAUGUACAAAACGACGGUAAAGAAAAAUAUGGGACAGUGCCUUGGAGCGUAGGAUUAUAUCGUCAAAUAAAAAGUCGUGACGRGUAUUAUGAAUUGAUAUGUGGAGGAACAUUGAUUGCUCCGAAUAAAGUUAUCACUGCGGCUCAGUGCUAUUGGGAAGAAGGCUAUACGAAUAAAAUUCUGAUGAAUAAAAAUCAUAAGUAUACAGUUGCCGUUGGAAAGUAUACUAGUGACCUUUCGAUAAAAGACAAUAAUUUUACUCAAAUUAUCGAUGUGGCUUUCGUUUAUUUAAAAGAGAGUUAUUAUGGUCCUUCUGGAUAUUAUGCCGAUAAUUUAGCUAUUGUCGUGUUACAUACCCAAGUUACGAUCAGUGAUGCUAUUUUGCCAGUUUGUAUCGAUUGGUCCAAACAGUAUUCUAUUCCAAACGGAUCAAAUGGAAAGGUUGUCGGCUGGGGAAUAACGGAAAAAAUGGAAAAAAGUUCCGUUAUGUUAGAAACAAACGUAUCAUUUACUGACAAAAACACUUGUCGUGAUAUGUAUUCCAAUGGAUUUCAAUCAUUGGUGACUAUUGAUAAAUUUUGCGCCGUUUCUCAAUUAGGACAUAGUAUUACUGAAGGCUUUAUUGGUUCAGGUUUAACAUAUGAACACGGCACUUUACAAUUUUUAACUGGAAUAGUGAGUGUUACGGAUCCAUACUCAAACGAUUUAGUCACUGUUUUUACAGAUGUCAGAUACCAUAUUCAAUGGAUUCAAGAACGACUUCUCAAACAGUCAUUCUAUGUGAUAGAGAUAUCAGAAAACGACAAACUGAACAAACUUGCACAGACACCAUGGAAAACUAUAGCAUUAACAACUGCUUCAUCGUCAGAUAUAAAAAUCAAAGAAACCGAAUCGAUAAACCAAUCAUUUAAUAAAAAAAAAACUUGCGUGAUACCUAACAUUGAAGGUACUAAGUACUUUUAUAAGGAUACGAUUCAAAAUGUUCCUCUAUUACGUGGGUCUGUUGUAAAUAAUUAUCGCAUAGUUGAAGAAGACUGUGAAGAAGGAUAUUAUAAAACUUCUCCGUACAAAUUGAUGGUAUGUUCAGAGUCUGGACAAUGGAAAUCAUUUGAUUCCGAUACAUUAUGUUUGAAAAAGUGUACUCCUAUGGUAUCAGAUGUAUUAGAUAUURAAUGUUCACUGAAUGGAAAUAAUGUAAAUUGUUCAAAGCCAUCAGAGCCUGGUACUAUAUUAACACAAUCGUGUAAAGUCGAAAAUGUACAUAAUUCACCAAGAGAACUGCAAGGAGUAAUGAAUACUCCUAACGAGUUGCUGUGUCUUAAAAAUGCAAAAUGGAGUGGUCAACUACUUACCACUUGUACUCUACAUAAAGAAUCAACAUCAAUUAGAUUCAAAGAACCAUCUGUAAUAGCACCUUGGAAUGUAGAAAUAUAUAAAAUUAAUAACUAUGGUCGUUAUUUCCGAAUAUGUGGAGGAACACUGAUUGCUCCAAAUUUAGUUGUAUCUGCUGCUCAUUGUUUUUGGAAAAAGGGGUUAAGAAGGACAACCAUACCAAAUGAAAAUAAUAUUUUUAAAACUGCCGUUGGAAAAGAAAAUAGCAACUUUUCUAUAAUCGACAAUACAUAUACACAGAUUAUAGACAUCGGUUUAAUUUAUCUGAAGGAAACUUAUGAUGGUCCAUAUGGAAAUUAUGCUGAUGACAUUUCUAUCAUUGUGUUAGCAACCAAUGUAGCCGUUAGUAAUGUUGUUCGGCCGGCUUCCAUUGAUUGGUCUGAUACACAUUUUCUUUCUAAUGGAGAUCUAGGAAAGAUGUUUGGCCUGGGAAUGGAUAAUAAUAUGAUUGGAAAUGGACAAACUAAAUCGAUAUUAAAAUUAUAUACUUUACCAUAUAUUGAUCAAGAGACGUGUCAGGAAAUGUAUACAGAUGGAUUUGAAAAUUACGUGACUAAAGAUAAAUUUUGCACAGGUUAUAAAUUGGUUACAGGAGAAAGAAAUCUUAUAGGAUUUGGUGGUUCGGGCCUUAUGUAUGAAUAUGGCACAGAAUCAUUUUUAUCUGGAAUAUUUAGUGUCAAGGAUCUACACUCGAAAAAUUCAAUUGCUGUAUUCACGAGCGUAAAAUAUCACAUCCAAUGGAUUCGUAAUAUUUAUAAAAACUAUGUAUAGGUACCUACCUAAUAUAAAUAGGUAUAUUGAAUAUGAUAAGAAAUGUAACUGUACAUAACACAUAUCAUGAUAGUAACUAAUUAUGGAUAGUGAACUGUAAAAAUAAGUAAACAUAACUAUAGGGUACUUAUAA